AUGUCCAGCAAUGGAGGGGUGGAGAAGGUGGAGUGGACCUACCGGAUGAGAUUUUACAACUACAACAUGGCCAACAGCUCUGCGUUCGAAGGCUUGCAUCAAUUGCAGGGUGGCAACGGUGGCGGCUUUGAAAGCUGGGUGCAGGAGCCGUUGGCAGAUGGAAGUCCGGUAGACCUCGUCUUUGCCACGCUUUCAGAGACGAGGUUGCAACUGGGCCCUUGGGUUCGUGAGUACCGGACCCAGCCCUCCCACGCAUUGGAUGUAGCGACAUACCAGAAUUCUUUAAAAGAGGCCGACAAGAAGAACGAGCUGCCUUGGACGAGUGUCCUGGACGGCAUGGCGGAGAAGUACAACGGGAAUCUGAAGACCUUGCUCUUGUUUUCCAGAUCUCGCUUCAGAAGAGAUCCUGAGUCACUACCUCUUUUUGGAAGGCUGCCGGACAAGCGAGUUGCUGGCCUGGCUUUGCCGAAUCCCAAGAAGGCCUUCAUCGGCCGAAGCCUGCUAUCUCGGCACGAAGAGCUGCACUUCUGCUUUGCUGGUGCACAUUUUCCGAUCAGUGACAUAGCGGCUGCUCUGGAAGACCCGAAGAAAGAUAAUCUGGAAGAGGCAAAGAUCCUCCUCGCAAGGACAUUGAGAAAGGUCCUGUGCAAGGCGCAGCGAAUGGGACUGCUCGAUGAUGGCACGAUCCUCAUUCUGCAAGGCGAUUUGAACAGCAGAACAGUACUUCGCCCUUCUGGCAACCAGUUGGACGUGCUGAGUGAAGUGAUGGCAGACAAAGAACUGCAGGCGGCAAUUCGAGUCGGGCUGCCUUUACUGGACGGGGAGUGGUUUGAACCUUCCAAUGCAGAUCCGUCGGAGCUUCCAGUGACAUACAAGUUUUUAUACGAUGUGGGUGAGACAUUCCUGAAGGGGGAAAGCUCCCUCACCUUGAAGUCCCUCCUCCAGGCCGCGAGCGACGUGGAGCUCAGCCCGAAGAGCCCCAGCUCUGAGCGUUUGGACUUCAAGGAAGGUAGCUUUCGCCCUUUCCGCUUUCCCGCGUCGGCUGAUCGGCUUUUGGUAUGGGCUCCUACGAAGCUGGCAAGGCGAUUACGCUGGAACUUUCCUAAGGGCGGUUACGAGGUGAUCCACACUCAAGGGGGAAGUGACCACCGUCCCGUAGUCCUCGAGGCUGCCUUGACAGUGGUGGCCGCAGCGCCUGACACGUCGGAACCGUGCCGCCCAGACCCGUCGCCAGAGCUGAUCGAGGCAGUCACUCAAGACGACGCCGACAACAGUGAUUCAGGUGAGUCUCCGGGGCUGUUUGGCUCGCUUGCCCGAGGUGGCCAGAGCUGGAGUCAGCAGCAGCUGGUUUCGAGCUUCGGGUGGAUACGUGCGCUGAUUCCUGGCUGCAAAGCCCGAGCAGAGCAGAUGAUCAAGGUCGUUGACGGCAAGCUUCGCAAUCGCGAAAUCGGUUGA